UGAUAGUCGCCAAGCAAUCGUACUUCAGGACGUUACAUUUGUACACUGUCCAUAGUGGUUAUAACUGAUUUUUAAGAUUUUUACGUUACUACGUUAAAGAUAGAAAAAUGUCGGAUGUGAGAAAUUGGUUUAAUUCAUUACCAAUAUUCACGAGAUAUUGGCUAUUAUGUACAAUUGUAUUUACGUUAGUCGGUAGAUUCGGACUAGUCAGUCCGAGCUCCAUGACACUUUCAUACGAUCGUUUCGUAAAUAAUUUCGAAAUUUGGAGAGCAGUAACCAGUGUUUUCUUCUAUCCCCUCAGUUCUGGAACAGGAUUCCAUUUCUUAAUCAAUUGUUACUUUUUGUAUAAUUAUUCACUGAGAUUAGAACGAGGGGAGUGCGAUGGACGACCCGCAGAUUAUUGUUUUCUACUUUUAUUUAAUUGGAUGUGCUGUAUUAUAAUAGGACUUAUAGGUAAAUUCUACUUUCUUAUGGACCCCAUGGUACUCAGUGUAUUAUAUAUUUGGUGUCAGUUGAAUAAAGAUGCGAUUGUUAAUUUCUGGUUUGGUACACAAUUUAAAGCCAUGUACAUACCAUGGAUACUGUUUGCAUUUAAUUUCAUUAUUUUUGGAGAUGGAAUGAUGGAACUGUUUGGUAUUCUAGUGGGACAUCUUUAUAUAUUUUUAAAGUUUAAGUAUCCUCAAGAAUUUGGUGGCCCUGAGCUAUUGAAUACUCCAAAAAUUCUUGAAUCUUAUUUUCCGCCUCAAAGAGGUAGGUUUGGUUAUAGAGCUCCUACACAAAGAGUACAGCCUGCAAGAAACAUGUUUGGUACACAUAAUUGGGGACAUGGGAACGUUUUGGGACAAUAAAUUGAUAAUUCUAAGAAAAAUAACAUCUGGUGUUAUAAUUCUCUCAAAUACUAUUAUCAUUACAUUUAUUAAAUAAU